UUAAAUUAGAAGUUCAAACUGUUUGGGUAUGGACCUGGAAAGUAUGACAGAACUCAAGGCUCUCUCUGCAGAAGAUUGCAACUCCUCCCCCUUUGGCAGUUCUAUCUUGAUGGACAAUGUUGUAGUUGGUUAUGGAAAUCUCCAAAUUUUUGGUGGCCUUCCUAAGCCAGGAUUCAGACACGGCAAGGACAUCAGGGUUGGCGGAGUGUGCUAAAGCAAAUAUCCCACCAACAAAGGACCAAGCAGCGUGAACAUGAGGUGAGGAAGUUUUGGACUUGGGAGGACAUGAAAGGAUGCGAAACCCUUCCUUGGCAGCAGACGGAAGGAAGAAAUGGAAGACAGUGAUGACGCCAGGGUUCGCAUUCACAGAAAGCCCAAGGACAACCCCAAUAUUAUUUUGGGGAGGGGCAUGAGGGGUGGUCAGUGGAGUUAGCGGUCGAGCAGAGGAGAGUGCCAGAGCCUGUGUGUGAGUCGAUAGAGGAAUUUAAUGAGAGAUACUGGAAAGGGGAUCUGGCAAGGAAUAUGCUGCAGCGCUUCUCUGCACAGUACCAUCUGUGCCAGCUCCACGCACCAGGCAACCAGUGCACCUCCCCAGGCCGGUACGUCCUGUGCCUGCUCCCUGCACUCGCCCUGAAGAGCCAGAGACUGUCAGGGAGGCAAUGGGGAAGUUGGGAGAGAGAGAUGAGAGAGAUGUUGUGCAAGUGUGUUCUGCUCAACAUCCGACCAGAGGAUCUGGUUAGCAGUCUGGUGCAACUUGGGCUGGCUCCACGCUUCUUGCCUCCAGAGCGCCUCCCCAGUCCGGUGCGUCCUGUGUCUCCUCUUCGCACUCGCCCUGAAGUACGUGUCCCCAGUCCAGUACCACCUGUGCCGGCUCCACGCACCAGGCCUCCAGUGCACCUCCUCAGUCCGGUACGUCCUGUCCCUGCUCCACGCAUUAGGCCUCCAGUGCGCAUUCAUAGUCCAGAGCUUGCGGCGACGGUUCCCAUUCCAGAGCUUCCAGUGACGAUUCCCAGUCCAGAGCUUCCAGUGACGAUUCCCAGUCCAGAGCUUCCAGUGACGAUUCCCAGUCCAGAGCUUCCAGUGACGAUUCCCAGUCCAGAGCUUCCAGUGACGAUUCCCAGCCCAGAGCUUCCAGUGACGAUUCCCAGUCCAGAGCUUCCAGUGACGAUUCCCAGCCCAGUGACGAUUCCCAGCCCUCCUGCGACGUCUGUUGGCCUGAGGCGCAACCAGGGGUUCAACCAGGGGUUCAACCAGGGGUUCAACCAGGGGUUCAACCAGGGGUUCAACCAGGGGUUCAACCAGGGGGAUCAACCAGGGGGUCAACCAGGGGUUCAACCAGGGGGAUCAACCAGGGGUUCAACCAGGGGGUUCAACCAGGGGUUCAACCAGGAGCCCCAGCGCGACAUCAUUUAG